AUGCAGUCGUCGCUUCAUUCAACUGCAUCUGCCCCUUUUGUGCCCCCCUCUCCCCCGCAGGCUCCAAACGUGACCACAGGGUUUCCUGGCGAGUACACCUUGGGCAAUGGAAGUACCGAGUGUAUCGUUGCAACUAAUCGCGGUCAAGGUCGCACCGACUUUUCCACUUGCACUACAACGGCUGCCACGUGCGGCUGCCUCGAGGGGCGGGUGGCCCCCGACUGCAAGCAGAUCCCGGUUUACCUCGACUACGAUGACGGAGUGGCUAUCCUGCUGGAAGUCAUGUCUGCGCUGGGCCAAGCCAUGGCCGUGGCUUGUGGCCUAUACCUCAUCCGUCAUCGCGCACAUCCCAUCGUGCGCGGCACCAGCCUUACAUUUUGUUUGCUGAUUCUUUUUGGCAUUCUCAUCGGGCUCUCGGCCGUUUGGGCUCUGAUUGGCGAGCCCUCGCGUUCCAAGUGCACACUCUUUCACUUUAUGGAAGGCAUUUAUUUUGCCUUUAUCAUGGCAAAUUUGUUGGUCAAAACGUGGCGCAUUUACAAGAUUUUUUUCUUCACUUUCGACGUCGACAAGGUGCUCUUACGUUAUUGUAGCCCACUCGCUGAAAGAAGCAACUUCCGGGCAUUGCCCCGAUCUUUGAGCGAGGGUCGCAUGAUCAGCCGCGCCCUUUUAGCCAUUUUCUUCGAAGCGUGCAUCAUUGGUCUCUUUGCUCUAAUCUAUCCCAUUGGUACACAAAUCGAUGACGUCGAGGCCGAUGAGUUUGGCAAGCGGCGCCUCCUGUGCCAAGACGGCAUUGAAGUCAAGAUUGUUACCCUUCUCAUCAACCUCGUUUACCUCGGAGCUGGAUUCUCGCUGGCGUUCAAAACUCGCACGAUUCGUACGGACCAAUUCUCUGAGAGCAGUUUUGUCAUCGUCAUGCUGCUCUUCUCCGGCGUCAUUGUGCCGGCGGUAGCUCUGACCCUGGGAAUGGUGGGCUUGGCUCGGCAGUACUUCAAUAUCUGUGCCAUCUGGGUGACAUGCAUUUUGACUCUUGCUUCUGUGUUCGGGCCCAAGAUCUUUGGCAUUAUGUUCGACGAGUCAUUCACGGGCACCAAGUGGCGUUUUACGAGUCACACUGAUUCUUCCGAGGCCGAGGAGUCAAGCUUUGGGCCCUUUGACACGACCGGCGUGCCUCGCAUGGCCACUUCAGCUAUCAGUCAAUAUUCAGAUGAGACGUCGCGGCGCAAGAUAUCCAUGGCGCUUAACCCGUCCAUAUGCAUCGACUCGAUCAACGAUGGCACCACACCACACCGCGCCAAGUCCAAUGUGACGUUUUCCGAUCUGAACGAAGCUGCGGUACAACAGCACUUCAAAUCAGUGGUCGAUCAACCACCAUCCACCAUGCACGCCAUUGUCGAGAGCGAAACCGACAGCGAUAGCAGCAGCGAUGCGGAUGAUGUGCAGCAAAUGGGCAAGCAAGCUGGUGAUGCCGAGGGUGAUGAUGCAGCUAGCAUUAGCGGCAGUGAGCACGAGUUUGAGCUCUCCGCCGAUGCCAGUGAGGUGGAGGUUCAGGACUUUGUGGGUCACCAUCGUGACAUUGUCAAUCUUCUGGCUCGGCUGGUACGCGAGUGUGAGGGUGAUGAGGUGUUGUCGUUGGUGGAAACGACUUUUGCCGUGGCGGUGGGCGACGUUGACUUUGCAGAUUUGGCCGAGAAGCUGCAUGGACCGCGAGAGCGAUCUCGAGACCGGUCUUUCCGCCAUGCUCAAAAGUCACUGCGUUCAGCCCGUCGCUCGCACCAUGGCGCACAAUCGCGCCCGCGCCCGCGCUUGGCGGCAACAAAGGACUCGGCAGCGUCCAAGAGCUUUGAUGAUCGCCUACUGAACACGGAGCAUGUGCAAGCAGCGGAUCUGGCUGGGGGCUUGACUACGCACGUCGCGCGACAACGCCUGGCUUCUGAGGCUGUCAACCGCAAGCGCAGUGUGGGCCGCACAAAGAGUCGGAACAAGGAAGCGCACGACCAGGCAGCUGCAAAGCAGAUUCAGCUCGAGUACCGUGCUAUGAUCUUUUUCGUGGAUAAACGUCGGGAUUUUGAAAUGAUUCCCGGUGAUGUCAUUGAGGAUCUCGAGUUUCCAAGCGACUCGUUGCUAGCGAUCGGCACCAAUGCUCGGACGGGCAAGCGCGGACAAUUCCCCUGCAGCUAUUUGGCGCACAGACGCUUGGCACCCACACCCACACCCACGCCCGCGGCCGCGCCGAGUCCAAGCAACCGAGUUCGCCGGCAUUCGACAGAGACGGUGGGUUCCGAAUCCGCCGACCGGGGGGCUGCUCACCAAGCUCACGAGGACGAAGCAGUGCGACCAGCCAGCUCGUCCAACCUGCUGGGCGGCUUGGCCGACAGCCUGUCUGCAUCGCGACCUAAGCUAAUGAAGCAGCGCUCGGUUCCGGAUGGUGAAGAGCGAAUCCAAACCAUUCGCGUGCAAUCACCCGAUGCCAGUGACCUGGACGUUUGA